AUGGUCGGGCCCACUGCCACUCUUACUCCUCUCGCUCGCGCCGACGGCUCAGCUUCCUAUCAGUGUCCAUCGACCGGAUCCAACAUUCUGGGGUCUGUCAAUGCGCCCGUCGAACUUCCCGGACGCCGUGAUGCCUUGAAGCCUGAGGAGGCGACCGUGGAAGUAUUUGUCAAACCAGGCACUGCCCCCGCUGGUGUUAGUGAACGUUAUGUGGAGGGUAUCAUCAAGGGAGUCCUCGGAAGAUUGAUUCUGGGACGAGAGAGGGGCUACCCCCGGCGCGGUGUCGUGGUUACGCUGGCCACGGUAGGUGGUGAGAGUGUGGGCAGAGGAGAAUCGUAUCUAACGCUCCUACCUGCGCUUCUCCAUACCGCGCUUCUGGCGCUGCUAUCAGCUUCUGUUCCCCUGUCCAUGACUUUUUCUGCAACUGUUUUGGCCGUAAGCGAUUUGGGAGAUAUUAUUCGGGAACCGUCAACAGAACAAGCAGCUGCAGCGAAAUCCGUCCACGUCCUAGCAAUCUCAUCCAAGGGCCACCUUUUGUUGAAUGAGAGCCAAGGGGCUUUUGACUUCGAGACGUGGGAAAAGGUUCACGAGCGCGCGUUGGCUAUCUGCCACGGCACGUCAGCGAUUGGCACUGAUGGCGACAUUGCUAUGGUUGAGGAUGUGGAUGGCCAGCCCCUGGAGGGUACUAUACGGGAGACUAUUGAUGAUCAGGUCCACCGUGACUAUGCCUGGAAGAUCGAUGCUGUUUGA